AUGAUGCAAGGAUUUCAGAAGAAAACCAACUUUUCUCUAACAGGUGCUUUCUUUGAAGAUCUGGAGUUUAGAGAAUCAAAGAUUAAGAUGGAUGAGGAAGAAGUCGAGGUUUGGGAUGGAGCAUCGAGAGGAUGUAGUCACACUCACAGCUGCAACCCUCCAGGCCCAGAAGAUGCUUCUCACUCCCACACAUGCUUCCACACUCACACUCAUCUCAUCAUCCCUGAUUCUCGAGAGAAUGAUCAUUCUGAGAGUAGCAACAAGAAACGGUCAUGUGGGAACAGAGAGGCAGUAAGGAAGUAUAGGGAGAAGAAGAAGGCUCGCAUUACGUACCUUGAAGAUGAAGUGACGAGAUUGCAAUCUCUGAACGAGGAUUUGAUUAGGAAGCUUCAGAGCCAAGCAAUGUUGGAAACCGAAAUCAUCAGACUCCGGACUCUUCUGUUAGAGGUGCAAGGGAGGAUCGAUGGUGAACUUGGUGGUUUCUCGUUUCAGAAGCAAUCCAACGCCUCUGCUUUUGUGUUCAAAGAAGAUGGAUGCAGCGUAGCAACAAGAAACGUGAUGUGUGAGGCGGCAAGAGUGGAGUGCAAGGAUGGGCAAACACUUGAUGUUAUUCACUCUUUUGUUCCCAGUUCGCCACCAUUCUCACGUUGAAGCUUUUACAGUUUGUGUUACUGUGUAUAUAUAUACAUAUACGGGUUUAAUUAGGGCGUAGACGUUGGAUACACAUACACAGAUUAUACCUUAUUUCACAUAUGUCUCUAAUUUAGAGUUACCAAAACAUAAACAUUUAGUUACAUAUUGAUUUGAAAUGAGAAGGACGAGGAGGAUUGAAGUUGUAUGUAUGAUGAUGAUGAUGAUUGUGGGCUUGGAAGAUCUUUGGGGGUCCAUUUAUAGAUUCUCUAUAUGUGGGUAUGGUGAAAACCCAAACCAAUAAGGGAUAAGGCAUGUGUAUAGCAUAUGAAAAUCCGUUGGUGUGGACUGCUCCC